CUUCACCCCGAGCCCAUCCUGAAAAUGGGAGGGGGAAAAAAGCAAAUACAAAAACCCCACCACCAAAAUCUGUAAGUCAACAGCGUGAUGUGGCAGAAGAAGACAUCAACACUACGGAUAAAUACCAUCGAGAAGGGACUUUUUUCAGGAUAAAUUGGUUUAUUAUUCUUAUUAUUUUUGCGGGAAUCAGUGUUGACCAUCAAUAGCUCACCGCUGCGUUUGCUAGACUUUCAAAAGACUAGGCCAAUGUCAAAAGAGGUGAAGCCAGUGAGCGUGUCUCUGCAUCCUCUGGGAGGAGGAGCAGCGGUCACCUCAGAGCGGGAGGCCGUGUGCGUUUUUGGGACGGGAGAUAUGGGACGCUCCCUGGGCCAGCGCCUGCUGCAGACGGGCUACAAAGUCGUGUACGGCAGCCGCAGACCGCUCGGCUGCGGCCCUUUGCCUCAUGGAGCUCAGGUGAUGAGCUACGCAGCCGCAGCCCAGUUGGCCGGCGUGGUCUUCGUAUGCAUACAAAGAGAACAUUACGGCUUCAUGGAGACACUCAGCUCACAACUGGACGGGAAGGUGCUGGUAGAUGUCAGCAACAACCCUGAAAAGAAUCUGUACCCGGAGGCCAAUGCUGCAUAUUUGCAGAGACUACUUCCCGGAUGUCAUGUGGUGAAAGCCUUUAACACCUUGUCGGCCUGGGCUCUUCAGAACGGACCCUCCGACGCUUGUAGACAGGUGUACGUAUGUGGCAACAGUGCGGAGGCAAAGCGGGCUGUAGCCGAGGUGGCCACCAAGAUGGGCCUCGCAGUUUUGGACAGGGGCUCUCUGUCGGCAGCCCAAGAGCUGGAGGACUCCCCCCUGCAGCUGUUCCCCGACUGGAGGCUGCCUCUCCAAAUUGCCGUCGGCCUUGUCGCCUUCUUCUUCUUUUACGUGCUCAUCAGAGAUGUCAUCUACGCCUACGUGGUUCAGGGGAAAGACAUCUCCUUCAGAAUCAUGGUGUCCCUGGCCAACAAGGUGUUCCCCAUUGUGUCACUCAUCAUGUUGUCCUUGUGUUACCUGCCUGGCAUUAUAGCUGCCUUCCUUCAGAUAUACAGGGGAACCAAGUACAGGCGCUUCCCUGAUUGGUUGGACCGCUGGAUGCUGUGCAGGAAGCAGCUGGGACUGCUGGCUCUCGCCUUUGCCUUUCUACACGUACUCUACACAUUUCUCAUCCCAAUGAGGUAUUAUGUGAGAUUCAAGAGUUGGGACUACGUUAUCACACAGUUCAAGGAGAACCAAACGGUAAAGUUCGACACGACAGUGGCCUGGAGAUCGGACUCUUACCUCUCUGUGGGCAUUUUGGGAUUUGGCCUGUACGUCCUGCUGGGAAUAACAUCCCUGCCUUCAGUUAGCAACGCUCUCAGCUGGAGGGAAUUCAGCUACGUACAGUCAAAGCUGGGCUACCUGACUUUAUUCCUCUGUACCCUUCACACUUACUUGUACGGCUGGGACAGAUUUCUGCGGCCCUCCACGUACAAGUGGUACACACCGCCAGGCUACUUGCUCAGUAUGGUGGUGCCCUCCGUGGUGCUGGCGCUAAAGCUGCUGCUCCUCCUGCCUUGCGUGGAUCGGACCGUCACCCGCAUUCGUCGGGGCUGGGAGAGGACUGAACCUGGCGAGGAGAAAACAUUUCUAUUGUAGGAACAGCGUGCCGCAAAAUAGACAGAGGUUUGUUGGAAUUAACGGGCGUUAACAUUGAAAACAGAUUGAGCAACUGGCAACUUUGUCUUAGGGGCAAGUGGGGAAAUGCCCCACCAUGUCCCGCAGAUGGCGCUUGUGUGACUUGUUGCUUUUUCUCAUGCAGUAGUGAUUCAAAUGUGAAAUUAAUGGACGUAAAGAAAAUCAUAAUCUCAUUUUAUAGCGCUGUUUAUCAAGUUUGUCAGUGUGAUUUGGGAUGAUAAUGUCCCUGCUGACUCUCUGCUUUGAGGGGCAGUGGGCCCCUCUUUGACGGAACCGCCAUAGUAAGCAUAAACGUUAUAUGGCAUUAGAUUAUGCCCCAUGGAUUCAACCUUGCAACAAGUGGCUGUAAAAAAAAAAAAAAAAAAAAAAUCAAGACAUUUCAUUAAUUACAUUGCCUUCUAUCCAGUGGCGGUUUCUGGCAUGGGCAAUAUGCGCGGCAUGGCUGGUGGUGGGGUGGCACCGCACCCUAUAAUUACAAAAAAAAAAAAACAUUUUAAAAAAUAGCAAUGUGAAAUGGUUUGUAAAGUAUGCGUUUGUAAAUGCAAAUAAUGAGAGGCGAAUGAAUAUGUAGCAGCAGACUGUCGUGUUGUUUAUUAUUCCGCUCCCUAGUUCAGCAAGCAUGAAUGGACACUCUUGAAAGCAGCUACAAAAGCUAAAGGUGAAUCCACAAUAUAUUACAAUGUCAGUCAUUUGCACUUUUAUGGGGAAUUUGUGCUCGCUGGUGAAGUCACCUUCUGGACUGGUCUUUGAAACGCUUUGUCUGUGGCUCAAGCAGAGAAGAUCUUUUCAAAGCUCAAGUCAAUGAAAAGCAACUUGAGGUCAAGCAUGUCCCGAGCACUGGCGUCAGCAUCAUCAGCAUCAACCACACAGUUGGUGAGCAGAUAAUACACAAGGACGUCACAAUUUUGCAUCAUGGCCAGAAGGCAAAACUUUUGAAUUAAUUUAACAAUUUAAUUCUUAACAGAAAAAGGAAGAAAGCACGCUAGGGGGAAAAAAAAGCCAAAAUUAGUGCAGUAAGGUUCCCUUAAGUUUUUUUUUUUUUCCAUUUGUGCAAUGCAAGAUUGGUAUGUUUUGUUUUUUGUUUUUGUCUGUUUCCUUAAUUGUAAUUACUCGUUGCUUUUCUGUGUGACUUAUUAUUAAAAGAAACUAUAAAUUCCACUAAA